ACUGAAACCAACGGACUUCCUAGGUGCAGGGCCGGUCCACCUAUGGGGCUGACUGAGGCAGCCACUUCAGGCAGCAGAACCUAAAGAGAGCCUAAAGUGGCAGUAGCAGGUUCUGGCAAGGUCUCUCAAGAUCUCACCAAAAUCUCGCAAUAACUCCUGUAUACCGCAAAAUCUUGCUGGAAACCACCAUCCACACUACAGACACUGCUGCCUGACCAAGGUAAGGGAGGUUUGUGAGGAGCUGCACUGGUAGGCCGGCACCUUCUUGUUAUGCCUCACCCUGCCUGCAUGGGUGGGUGAGGUUAAACUGAAACACAGUUCCAAGAUUGGGGAACCUGUGGCCUUCCAGAUGCCAGGCCCCUCCAGGCUGGUCUUUUAUUGCAGGCAAAUUCUGCAACAUGUUCUUCACAAAAUCAUAGUGCCUUUCUGGUGGAUUUAUUCUACAGUGGUACCUCGGGUUAAGAACUUAAUUCGUUCUGGAGGUCUGUUCUUAACCUGAAACUGUUCUUAACUUGAGGUACUGUAGCCUUUUCAGGCCUUUUCGACGGGUGGGAAGAGCAUUGUGCCUGGGGGAGGGAAGUGGGAGUGAGAAAGUAAUUUUGAAAAGUCUUGAGGCUUGAGGCCUGCCUGGUUGGGGGGGGGGGCGUGACUACACAGGUUUUAGGGUAUCUUAACCUGUCCUCUCCUCCUUCAGUACCACUUUAACUAAUGGGGCCUCCCACUGCCACCGCACCGCUGCCGCCCAAUUUCUGUUCUCAUCCUGAAGCAAAGUUCUUAACCCGAGGUACUAUUUCUGGGUUAGCGGAGUCUGUAACCUGAAGCGACUGUAACCUGAAGCGUCUGUAACCCGAGGUACCACUGUAGUUUGUUCUUCAGUGUUUCCUGAUUAUACUACCAGGCCGUUGUUCUUGUGUUAAGGGACCACCCACCCAGAGAUUUGUACCUGGAGAAUGGGACUCUGGUCAAAGCUGUAGGCACUAGGCCGGCCUUCAAGGGUGGAGAAGGCCACAUUUCCCCCACUCAGUGGGGAAAUGUCGCUGAACUCGUCUGUACAGAGUGCCACCCGCUCAUCUUGGCCAGGUCGCAAGAACUGUCCUUCUGGCUUCCUAUAUGUCUUCUCACACGAGGCGCUGUAAUACUGGUAAGGGAUCCAGGGGCUGUUAGAAUGGCUCCGCUUAUAGAUGGCAAAGCUCUCUGGGCGGCUGGUGUGAAAUUUCAACCUCACGUAGGUGAUUUCAUAAGAUUUUCCUAAAAGGGGAGAAAAUAAAGAAUGGUCAAGUAUUCUUAAGUGCUCCACUUUAAUCACUGUUAUCUUCGGAUGGGCUCUUUUUGUUAAAGUGAUAAUUUCUCCUCAUCCCUAGGGGAGAUUUGUUAUUUGGCCAGUCAUCACCCUGUCCCUGAACAGGGAACACUCCAUGCUACAACCUUUUUGUUGAUGUGCCCUAUUGUCUCUUCUAAAAAAAAACAUUACCUUGCUUAUAAACAUUCUGCUCAUUCCUUUCCUGGAAAACCUAUCAGCUGGGGAUAGGAGAAUCUGUCAAUUUCAGUUUCUUGUUUUUCUAGUCUUAAACUCAUUUCUCCACAUUUCCACAUCAUUUUGUGAAUAUCUUUUUUUUAACAAGUCCCCAUGAAAAUUCACCAGCAUCUUAGUGAGAAAAUUUCCUAAUACACUUGUCUGUAUACAAUUUUGCCUAAUGUACACACUUUUGCAAUAAAUUUCCCUUAAAAUAAUGCAUUUUAAAAAUAUAUUUUUACUAAUCUAUGCAUUUUCCUGCACACAUGACCCUCACUUACGGUUUUUUGUGUCCAUAACUUGGUUUGAGAACUGCAAUGCAAGAUUUUGAGCAUUUUGAAGGAUGGCUAAGUUACGGUUAGUACAAAUUAUGGCCAGUUUGCCUUUAACUGUGAACUGAAUCAAUUUUCUCCUGCAUCCCUAUGUCUCGGCAGGACCAUCUAGUGUUCUCGGAAUAAAACACAGAGAGUUCCACUUUCCCCGCUAUCUCUUGGAUCUAAAUGUGAAUGUUUAUUUCUUCUUCUCCUUCUUCUGCCCUAAAUCAACAAGCAAAGGUCUUUCAUCCACAGAAAGCAUCGUGGCGCAGUGGCAUCAGGGCUGUUCCGUGCCAGCAAAAGAUGGAAAAAGCAGCUGGAACGGAUUAAACCAGUAAGGGCCAUAAUGCAGUUAUAGCAAUCAGUGGGUUUAAAACAACAAAAACAAAAAAUAGUUACACCCUUGCCCGCAUCAGUUCAUCUGCUCAGGAAACUCAGAACUUCCCAGAGGAUUCUUUGGUAUGUUGUAGAAUGCUUGUUCCUGUUAAUGUGGGGUACUGCUGGCUGGGCUUCAGAGGUCUUACUGUCACCUCAUGUGAAUUGACUUUAUGUUCUGGGUAUCAAAACCCAAUCCAUCUUCACAGGGAACUCUAGGAAUUGUAGCUUUGAGAGGAGUAGCGUUCUUCUAACAACUCUCACCACACAGAACAAGCUACAGUUCCCAGGAAUAUUUGGUGGGUGGGAGGAAGCCAUGGCUGUUUAAAGCAGGGGUCAGCAAACGUUUUCAGCGGUGGGCCAGUCUGCUGUCCCUCAGACCUUGUGGGGGGCCACACUAUAUUUUUUUUUGGGGGGGGGGGGAAUGAACCAAUUCCCAUGCCCCACAAAAAACCCAGAGAUGCAUUUUAAAUAAAAGCGCACAUUCUACUCAUGUAAAAACAUGCUGAUUCCAGGACCGUCCAUGGGCCGGAUUUAGAAGGCGAUUGGGCUGGAUUUGGCCCGGGCCUUAGUUUGCCAACCCAUAGUUUAAAGCAAGGGUCAGCAAACUUUUUCAGCAGGGGGUCGGCCCACUGUCCCUCAGACCUUGGGGGGGGGGGGGAGCGGACUAUAUUUUUUGGGGAAAGUAUGAACGAAUUCCUAUGCCCCACAAAUAACCCAGAGAUGCAUUUUAAAUACAGUGGUACCUCGGGUUAUGUACUUAAUUCGUUCCAGAGGUCUGUUCUUAACCUGAAACUGUUCUUAACUUGAAGCACCACUUAAGCUAAUGGGGCCUCCUGCUGCCGCCACGCCCCCGGAGCACGAUUUCUGUUCUCAUCCUGAAGCAAAGUUCUUAACCCGAGGUACUAUUUCUGGGUUAGCAGAGUCUGUAACCUGAAGCAUAUGUAACCUGAACUGUAUGUAACCCAAGGUACCACUGUAAAAGCAAACAUUCUACUCAUGUAAAAACACCAGGCAGGCCCCACAAAUAGCCCAGAGAUGCAUUUUAAAUAAAAGGAUACAUUCUACUCAUGUAAAAACACGCUGAUUCCCAGACCGUCUGUGGGCCGGAUUUAGAAGGCGAUUGGGCCAGGAUCCGGCCCCCAGGCCUUAGUUCGCCUACCCAUGGUUUAAAGUGAUACUAUAGUGCUUUAAAUGUAUAGUGCAGAGUGGGGCCUUAUUCUUUCAGUGGAAAAUAUUUGGUGGGAAGUAUGGAGUGCCUGGAGUGCCUGGCUUGCUCUGGUCCAUGGGGUCACGAGGAGUCGGACAUGACUAAACGACUAAACAACAACAACAACAUAUAGCGGCGGGUGAAAGGCCAAAGCUACCGACGCCAGGUCGCAGCUCAACCACUAAUUCCUUUCAUUCACCACUGUUGGUUCGCGGGGACCUCUAAGUUGCCCUGCUACCUAUCCACUUCACUUUUCCUUUCAGGGACAGACAUUUCCCCCUCUAAGUUUCAGUGACCUUUCAAGGGACUGCGUCAGAGCCUGAGGGUGCUGCACAGUGACGCCAGCCUGCCGCAAAUAGUCCUCAAGAAUUAGAUCAACAUGUGCACUGCUAGCCAUUUUUUGGGUUGGAAAGAAGGUGACACAGUGUCUGUUUCCCCUUGUGGUGAGCAGAAACAGGCUUUCUCAGUUCCUUCAUCCAGCAAUCAUAUUUUUUAUUUUUUUAUUUUUUUAAAAAAAGACAACAACCACCAAAUCUUUUGUCAGCCACAAGGGAAAGAAUGCAACCAGUGAAGAGCCACUUCCCCGCUGCAAAAUUAUUUGCGAUGAAAAAAGACGGCACAAUCAGCUAGCCUCUUUUGAGACCCUAAUGAAUCCAAAAUGUUGAGAAAUGGCAAUUAUUCUGGGACUAAGGGGUGGGGAAAACAAACACUUAAUUGCACCCAUAUGAAAAAUGUCUGUGAAGGAGCUGGGACAAUGCAAGAACCUUGCAGGCAUGUGUUGAGUUAUCCAACGGCUACUGCAAGGGUAGACAUCAGCAUCUGUCAUUGAUUAGCAAGUAAAAGAUGAGAUUUUGAAUCCACCAACAGACUUUCUGUGCCCCUCACUUGGGCAGGGUAGGGGAUUGGCAAGUAACCCUGGAACAGAUGAGGGGGAGAUGUCUGUUGUAGGCGUUUCUGCAUCAAAAACAAUGAGCAAUUGAAGGCUCUUGUGAGCGCUAAGGAGUGAGUUUUUUUCUGGAGAUACUGAAGGGUAUGCAGUACCAGUACCUCUUUUUCUAGAAGAAAAACGCUGGUGCUAAGCAUUAAGUCACUGAGGAGGUGAUUCCACUGCCCUACUACAUGGUUUUUCACUGUUCUUUCAGUUGGCCCAUGCUUGGGACUAGUGUCCUCCUCCUUCAAGAUGCACAAUCAGACCCGCUUGAUGGAUUCCUGAUCCACUCAUGCAGUGGAAUUAUGUCUCUGCAUGAGUCAAUUUUCUGAGCCCAACAAGAACAGUGACUCAUGCAGAAAAAGAAGCAGGUGGUCCUCAAAACUGCACUGAUUUUAACCACAGAUUUCAAAACAGAACUGAUUGGAAGGAGUUUGUUGGGAUUUCUGAGCAACAAGGCUGCUGUUAAUAUUUAAAACAAAUAUUGUGUCCCCACCCCUCAGCAUCUAGUAUUUAGACGCAUUCUGCUUCCAAAGUUUGAUCCUUAGCUCUCAUGGUUAGCAGCUGAAUUUUGAAAUAGAUCUAGAGGACCACAGUAUGUUAGUGAAUGGUGGAAAUUAAUUAACGGUAGUAUUUAGAUAAUAUUUGGAACAUUGAAGGGAAGACCCCAAUCUCUGCUGAGAGGUACACACAAUUACAGUGGGCUUCAGGCUCUCAUCUAGGGUUGUGUUUCUGUUGAGAAUCAAGAUGUGGUGGAGGCUGUAGUGUCUUUAAGAAAUAUGGCUUAAUUACAGGCAAGUUCCCAUCUACACAUGCACUGUUUGCAUGUGACUGUGCACAUAUGCGGUGCCAGAAUUCUGGAAGUGAAUCCUGUAAUUGCACCCUGAAAGGUCCUCUUGGCUCAUGAAGAGACUUUCUCCAGAGCCCAAAGAGGGCCUCUUAGGGUGCUGGGGAGGGUCUCUUCAGGAGCCAGUGCCACAGCAGGGCUUUGCUGAGACUUCCUACCUAACAGCUGAUGUGGGGGGUAGAGCAGUAGCAACUGCAAGCCACUGGCUUGUCCUCUGCGGGCUCUGGGAUGGUCUUCUCGGGAGCCGGAGGACUCUCCAGGUGCUCCCCAUUUUAUGCGAUUUCACGUAUGCAUACGGAGGUUCAGAAUGUAACCCCCACAUAAAUACACAUAUUUACAGCUGAGUUUAGAUGAAGGAGGUGCAGAUCUCACAGCACAGUCUGCCUCCUCUCUUAUUUUCAAUCCCAAACCUUUCUCUGCCCCAGUAACCACAGACCCAAGGUGUUCUCAGGGAUGGGCCAUCAACACUUCUUGUCAACUGCCUCUAUCCCGGGUGAGGCCCUGACCUGGAAAAAGAGCUUAGCCUGUAUUUUUCCAUUGGCCUGGAAUCUCCCCUUCAAUACUCCAAAUAUUAUCUAAAUACUACUGUUUAUUAAUGACAAUAUAUUAAUGAUUCCUUCAGAAGAACGUAAGGAUUUUUUGCUGGUCUGGAUCCCGCCAUCGAAUUCAGCAUCCUCGUAUCAGUUCAGUGUCACACAGAUGACUCUGAGAAGCCUAUGAGCAGGGGAUAGAGGUGCCAGCUUUCCUCUGUGGAGGUGGUAGUGUGUUUGGGUGAGUUUUCAACAUCCUGUUUAAAAAUAGCAAUGGUAUUUACUUUGCCACUGUUAGACUCAACUGCAAUUUGCUCCGGUUGCCGGAAAAUGUGUUGUUCUUCAGCUAGGACAAUGUGUACUUCUCCCACCUCCAACAGAGCCUGCGGGAAUUGCAAUCUAUCAUAGAUUGCCUACAUUCCUACACUAAGAUGUUGCCAGGCUAUAACUCCUAUCAUCCCUCACCAUUGACCAUGUUGGUGGGAGCUCAUGGGAGUUGGAAGCAAGCAACACUCUGAGGGCCACAGGUUCCUCCAGGGCAAGCCCAAACAAUUUGCUGCUACAAUUCCCUGAGUGGUUUAACAGUCAAUCCCUUUUCACAGGGAAAUUCUAACUCUGUGAGGGGAACAGGGGUCACCUUAAGAUUCUCAGCACUUUUAACAAACUAUAGUUCACGUAAUCUUUUUGGGGAAGCUGUUUCUGUUUAAAGCGGUAUCAUAGUGCUUUAAAUGUAUGGUGUAAAUGUGGCCUCUGGGAACAGAUUUUCUGUGAGGGAGGAGUAACAGAAACAAAUGACAACCAAGUUCUGCUUCAGUGGACACCAUCUUGUUCCUAGUACAGUGGUACCUCUAAAUAUGAACGGAUCCAUUCCGGAGCCCCGUUCACAUCUAGAAGCAAACAUAACUAGCGACGGCACAUCUGCACACGCGCAUGUUGCUUUUUGCCGCUUCUGCGCAUGCGUGUGACGUCAUUUUGAGCGUCUGCGCGUGCGCAAGUGGCGAAACCCGGAAGUAAUGCGCUCCAUUACUUCCGGGUUGCCGCGGAGCGCAACUCAAACACGCUCAACUCGAAGCGUAUUCAACCCGAGGUAUGACUAUAGUCACAUUCCUGUCCCCGUCCUCCCAUAUCAUGUCAUGUCCAAGGGCUUUUAGAGAAGCUGUCUCUAAAACACAUAUUGUCUUUUCCUUGAAACACAGUACUGGGUCAAGCGGGGGAAAGUCUGGUUUAACAGAGGUGUCAGAGACUGGAGCUAGGCCAGCUACUUUCAUCCUAAGUAGAAUGGCCAGUCCAAACAUCCUGUCAAUUUGUAACAGAUGUGGGCGCGUUCACAGGGGGUUGGGAAAGGAGUGACCUCUUUCAGAAGCAGACUGUUCCAAACUCUCUUGGCCUGAAGGGCCUCUCUUCUCUUGGGACUCGAUGGCCGUCGCUUGAACCUCCAACCCUCCACCCACCCCCUCCAGUUUUGCCAUCUAGACCAUGCUAAAUAGACACACACAUAAAAAUUUGUCCUCAGAGAUUCAGGCUAGAGCAGUUACUGCUUAUUUGUUUAGCAGUCAUCAGAGAUCAUUCCAUAAUUGCAAUGGAGCCAAGAUUUGGGAGGGCAACAGGAUAUAAGGAUAUAAUGAAAUUGCUCAAAGCUAGCGAGGCACCAAGAUGGUAUGUGUGUUGCUAUUGCUAUAGUUACCAAAUAUAUAGUAACUAUACAGUCAUCCCCCCACUUAUGUGGGAGUUAUAAUUAGCGUUACCAGAUGUCCCUGUUUCCCGGGGACAGUCCCCAGAUUUGUGAAUAAGUCCCCGGAAAAUUCCAUCCCUAGAAUGUCCCCGGAUUUCAUCAAAUGUCCCCGGGAAACGCAGCAGCGGCAGUCUCAGCAGCCCGGAACAGUUUCCGUGCGCUGUUCUGGUUCGCCAGAAGCAGCUUAGUCAUGCUGGCCACAUGACCCAGAAGCUGUAUACCGGCUCCCUUGGCCAGUAAAGCGAGAUGUGUGCCGCAACCCCAGAGCUGGCCAUGACUGGACCUAAUGGUCAGGGGUCCUUUUACUUUUAUCUUUACACCUGAGUUUAGAUUAAGGGGGUGUAGAUCUUACAGCAUUGUCAUCUCAAGAGACAUUUGUCCUUCAUAGAAGAAGAAGAAGAAGAAGAAGAAGAAGAAGAAGAAGAGGAAGAGUUUGGAUUUGAUCUCCCGCCUUUCACUCCCUUUUAAGGAGUCUCAAAGCGGCUAACAUUCUCCUUUCCCUUCCUCCCCCACAACAAACACUCUGUGAGGUGAGUGGGGCUGAGAGACUUCAAAGAAGUAUGACUGGCCCAAGGUCACCCAGCAGCUGCAUGUGGAGGAGCGGAGACGCAAACCCGGUUCCCCAGAUUACGAGACUACCGCUCUUAACCACUACACCACACUGGCUCUCAUAGCAGCCCAGCACUGCAGACAGAGCCAUCCUAAGCACCACACCUUUGUUCUUGCUCCCCAGCCAGUCCUAAUAGCUGAUGCCCUCCUGCUCCUGGAUGGUGUUCUCUCUUUUUUCUUCUUCACCUUCCCAGAAUACAUAGCCAAUUGCAACACCUCCUGUCAGCUCCCCCCACCCUUCUUCUAUAUUCUUGUAUGGCAUUAGGGCAAGGCUAAGAGGGUGGUUAGGGACGCGGGUGGCGCUGUGGGUUAAACCACAGAGCCUAGGGCUUGCCGAUCAGAAGGUUGGCAGUUCGAAUCCCUGCGACGGGGUGAGCUCCCGUUGCUCGGUCCCUGCUCCUGCCAACGUAGCAGUUCGGAAGCACAUCAAAGUGCAAGUAGAUAAAUAGGUACCGCUCCGGCGGGAAGGUAAACGGCUCUGGUUCGCCAGAAGCGGCUUAGUCAUGCUGGCCACAUGACCCGGAAGCUGUACGCUGGCUCCCUCGGCCAAUAAAGUGAGAUGAGUGCCGCAACCCCAGAGUCAGCCACGACUGGACCUAAUGGUCAGGGGUCCCUUUACCUUUAAGAGGGUGGUCUUCUCAUCUAGGCAGUUCAGGACCUCAAUACACACUGCCCAGGCUUGCACCCCAGGGAGGUCACUUCAGUGCUGCUAACACAGCCAUUUGACUUCAUCCCUGGAGGUACACUCCAUUGUCUCUCGAGACAGAUGGAUGCCAACUGCUAUUCAGGCCCCUCCCCAUUACCUUUGCAACCCCUGUUUUGUGCAGACCCAGACACCUUCUUUGAUGUGUGGAUGCCUGGCCCUGGUUUCAUAAUGGUUUACAUUCAACCAACCCAGCCAGACUAGUUUGCUUAGGCUAAACCCAGGAAUUUCCAUGUGUGGCACUUUUCAGGGGAAUUGCUGCAGCGGUUAUCUUCCCUUCAAUAUGCCCAAUAUUCAUUUAUUGCUAACAUUCACUAACAAAUUCUAGUAUCCCAGAAAUAGCAAUAUAUACAACUCAGUUAAUAUUGGGAAAGGUGGUAAGACCUUAGCACAGUAACAGGGAACCUGUGGACCUCCAGAUGUUACUGGACUUUAGUGUCCGUCAUCCCUGACUGUUGGCCAUGCUGUCUGGGGCUGAUGGGAGCUGGAGUCUAGUAAUGUGUGGAGGGAGGGCAGCACAGGUUCAUCUUAGCAGAGAGGAAUUAUUAUUUUGUCGGAGAUAAGCCAUUAGCUCAGUAUAUAACAGUGGGCUUAUAUUUGAUUGAUUAUUGCUAUUUUUCAAGCUUUUUCACUAGAAUUCUUUUGGACCACACACAUUUUUUUAGCUCUUUUUUAUUUGUAGGCCACCUUGAAUCCCUGUCAGGGAAUAAGCUGGUAUAUAAAUUAACAACAACAGCAGCAACAGUUAUUCUUUUACGGAGCACUUCAGUUGCAACAACAACAACAACAAUUAUUUUAAGGAGCACUUCAAUUACUUGCUAAUUUUUCAGGCUGACUAUUGUCCACUGUCACAGGUGGAAGCAAUAUGCCUCUGAAUUUGAAUUGAAUUUAUUACGGUCCCAGACCGGACUCACAUACUGUACUAAACAAAUCAGAAACACAAUAAAAGUAAGUUUAAGUUAACAAUCAAUAUAACAAUAAACAAAACAGUUGUGGCAGCAGUUAAAAUAUGGUUUAGGACUUAAUCUCUACAAUAUUAUCUAUAGUUUACUUCUAAGACCUUAGUCUUUAUACAAUAUGUCUCUGAAUCAUAAGUGCUGGGAAUCGCAAGUGAAAUUAGUGUUCUGGCUGCAGGCUUCCCAGAGACGUCUGGUUGGCUACUGUGAGAACAGGAUAGUGCACUAGAUGGGUCACUGGUACCAUACCACAAGCUCUUCCAAUGUUCACAUUUUGCAACAUGAACACAUGCAUUCCAAAACAGAAAUAGAGCCUAUAUGAAUAUUUGCCAGUAUCUAAAAUCUACCAGUGUUUCCAGCUGUGCUAUUCAAAAUAUUAAAUGCAAGAGAUUGUAUCUAAUUCAGCUUUGCUUAUAGUAAACCUGCCAAAAUGAACGGACCUAUGUUAGUCAUGUUCAUUAAUUCCUCUGGGUCUGCUCUGAAUAAAACUAAAAUUGGAUACGUAUAUGUUUAUAUCCAAUGCUUUUUGGGUGGUGAUAUUCACCACAGAGGGCCCUAACCUCUUGCUCAUGGCAGCGAUCUUGCAUUGGCAUCUAUGGCACUUUUAUCAACAUAUGAGUACCAGUGUCUCAUUUUUUUCCCCACCCAUAAAAGCACUUCCUAUAUCUAUAGCUGUCUAUCUGCAUGUACACACUGCAGGACAUGUUAGCAGGCCUCAAUAUCGAGAAUAGUACCAACAUCGUUUUGCUUCAUCAAACAAAGCCAAUCUGAAUGUUCCAUCCUCAAAGCUCCAUAACUGCCACUUUGGAAACAAUAUAAUUUCAUUUUUUAGCAGAGUAUCUGAUGAAGGUGGAAGCCAAAAUAUAAAAUACCUAUUUUGUUAAUCGCAGUACUACGCAUAGAUAUGUGUUUUACAAACCCGUUGAUAACAAACAAAUGGAUGGUAUUCAAUGAUGUUUUACUCAGAGCAAACCUAUAGAGAUGAACAUUUUAACAGGUCUACCCUGAGGAAAAAAUAGUUGACUAUCACCCAUUAUUUCUAUGCGGUUUACAUAAGAUGGUAUAAAAUAUUUAUUAAGUUGACAUAAUGAAAUGAUCAAAAUAUAGGCAAAGUCAGCAGAUUUAAAAACAAAUGUUUGUUAUAAAACUACAUGGCUGGGUAAAGGUAAAGGGACCCCUGACCAUUAGGUCCAGUCGUGGCCGACUCUGGGGUUGCGGCGCUCAUCUUGCUUUACUGGCCGAGGGAACCGGUGUACAGCUUCCGGGUCAUGUGGCCAGCAUGACUAAGCCGCUUCUGGCGAACCAGAGCAGCGCACGGAAACGCCGUUUACCUUCCCGCCGGAGCGGUACCUAUUUAUCUACUUGCACUUUGACGUGCUUUUGAACUGCUAGGUUUGCAGGAGCAGGGACCGAGCAACGGGAUUCGAACCGCCAAAGACCUUUAGCAGGUGCUAAAAACAUUCAAGGAUACCUAUCUGACAUCCAUAGGCAGGGAGUUCCAUAAACUAGAGCCUCAUUUGCACUACAGGUUUCAAGGAGUAUCAUAGUGCUUUAAAAAGCCAAAUAAACCCGGGAGCUGUAGUUUCUUAAGGGUACUGAGUGUUGUUAGGAGACCUCCCUAUUCCCCUCCCAGAGCUACAAUUCCCAGAGUUCCGUGGGAAGAGGGCUUGGCUGUUAAACCACUCUGGAAAUUGUAGCUCUGGGAGGGAAAAGGGGGCUUCCUAACAAAACUCAGCUCUGUUAACAAUUUACAUUUUCCAGGAUUCUGUUUGAAGUGGUGUGAAACGCAACGAAAUGUAUAGUGCAAAUGAGGCCUUAAAAGAUCCCAUUCCUUUCAGCCACGGAAUGAACAUUAUGUGGCAAUUCUAAAAGUGCCAGUUCCACUGAUUGCAGCUGUCAAGUGGGCACAUAUGGGGUAGUUUAUUUGAAUUAAAAUAGAAACUUUAGAAGCUUAUUGCAAGUUGAUUUUCUAAAUAAUUCCAUUGCCCUAACCUAACAGAAAUAAAAGGUUAAAUGCUGAGACCCCCAGAUAAAAACAAUAAGGGAAAGUGGCUGAGGAGGGUUUUACCCUUUCAGAUAUAGGUAGGAGAGAUCACCCCACUCAUCCCUGAAUUUCAUCCUGCCAGCGUGCCUGCAUGUGAUGCUGAAUUAAGGCUGUGUACACAUCAUUCAUUUAAAGCACACGCACACCCAAGAAAUUUGGGAACAGUAGUUUAAGGGUGCUGGGAGUUCUAGCUCUGUGAAGGAUAAACAACAGUUCCCAGGAGUUUUUGGAGGUGAAAAUGUGCUUUCAAUGUAACGUUUGGCUGCUGCAUCUUAAAAAAUAAUUUCUGCAGUUUGCAGGGGAGAGGGGAGAAGGGAGAAAAACAAGGUCACUCUAACUUACCCAGGUGAAGGGUGAUAUUGACUGAGUUGGGGUGCUGAACCUCAAAGGCCAUGGACUGGCUCUGCCACCACGUGGGCUCUUCCUGGCUAUGGAAGUCUGUCAGGUAGGUGGCGUUGUGGUGGAGCACAUCGCUGCCGGCAUCACAGCGGUGGCAGAGUGUGGUGGAGUCUCGUGUUCCCAUCUGGAGACAGUAAUCCUCUGGUGGGGAGCCACAUGUGUUGGACACCUGCGCACGCCUCCCAAAUGCGGCAUUCUCAAAGAUGGGCAUACAGCGCUGUGCCCGUCCAUGGGCAUCAUAGCAUGAAUCCAUGGCCCCCAUGGUCAGAUGCAGGCCCAGCCAAACCAAAGCCAGACACCAGAUAACCCCAGCCAUGAUCAGUCUCAAAGAAGCCACUGAAAUGUCUUGACACAAUCCCAGGCUCUAAAGAGCCGCUCACAAUUCCCUCCUUCUCCUCCUCUGACUGAGCAGAGAGAAUCCCACAGAUCUUCUCUCUCCCAGUUCCAUCUUGUGGACGGAGAUGGAAGCGUCACACUCCACAUCCAAAGGUUAUUUUGUAGGUCUGGGUGAAAAUGGCCUACCAAAAUUCUCAGGAUCAAAGAAAGAGAGAAGGGGACUGGAUGUUUGUUUGUUUGUUUGUUUGUUUUGGAGGGAGGACACUUAGAGAAAAGGCCCCUAAAGAACCAAAAUCUUUUAUUGUGCUCAGAUAAAUCCCUUCAUGAGGCAGCACAUCUUAUGGUACUAGCAACUUUCCAAGGCCACAUCCACUCCAUAAAUUUAAAGUGCUAUUGUUAUAAGAAUUUUAAGGUCAUAUUAAAAAAAAUGUUCAUAACUGUAUAUAUAAACCACAUGUCUGCAACCCCACAGAUUAGGUCCUGAACAAAUUGACCUCAAAUAUUUCUCUGCCAGGUCAAAGUGGGAAACCUCCCCAUUGUCUCUUUCCUCACAGAUCCUGUCUUCAGGGCACAUUCAAGAUAUGAACAGGGUGUGGACCUGUGACCUAGAUUCAGGAAUUAAGUAGUUAUAAUAACAAAAGAGUGGCCAAAAUCCAGAUAAUGCAAUCAGGUAACUUGCCAGACAGGAGAUAAACAACGCACUCAGAUUUCUGCUGUAGACUGCCUUUUCUGUGAUGUAGGUAUGAUGCAUUUUGUUAUGUAUUGAAGUUUUCACCCUGGCCACCAGGGGUAUCGUGUAUAUAGUUUUCACUCAGGUCCACGUCAGUUAAUUUAGGCGGGAAAACCUGGGUUGUUGUUGUUGUUACAAUGUUGACAGUCGACUGCCUAUAAAAGCAGGCCUGCUGAACGGUUUGCUGUUCAGUUCAGUUCCAGCUUACUUAUAAGGAACUACUUGGAGAAAUCUCUGUGUCAUCUGCUAUGUCCACCCACUAUUUAAUAUAUCUGGGGGGUGGUCUUGGGCUACACCUCUUCUGUGAUGGAUGGAUGUAUGAUGUUUCUGGGGGUGGUCUUGGACUCCAGGCUGGGCAAUUAAAAAUGUCUAUGUAAGGGUGGACACACCUUGGUUCUGUGGGAUGUAAACACAGGAGCAGUCAAUGACAAUAUUCCUAGAGUGUACAUGUUAGAACAAGGGGAGGGAUGUCAGUCCAGCAAGCAGGUAAACUUCCUGGGACGGACUUCCUCCGCAUGUGACCAGAGGUGGGUGUGGCCUCACCUGUGCAGGUAAAUGAUAAAAGCACAGGGCAGCCAGCCACUCUCUCUCUCUCUGCCAUCUUCCUUCAAUGAGGAAAGAUCUAAGGAUGCUCUCUUGGCUCCCAGCCAAGAGAGGAGAUAAGGACUAUCUUCGUAUAAGAUAGAUUCUGAAUGUAUGUAACCUUUUUAAAGCUGUCUGCCUUCUGGGAUCAUAUUGUGAACAGAACUUGAGUAAACUCUUUUAUACUUUUAUAAAGACUGUGUCGUGUCUUGUAUUUUAAGAGGGAACAAAGGAGAAAUUACCAGAGUAAUUAUUAUAGAGGUUCUAGCGAACCUGUGCAGACGUUACCGUUGCCAACUUAAAGGGGAAUGUCUAUAAACUCUGCUGAUACUUUGGGAACUUGUUAGCACAAGUUGGAUUAGGAUAUAAACUCACAAUAUAUCCUCUCCUGCACACCUGAACAUUCCCACAGGUUCUGGGUCCUCCUCCUUCUCCUGUGUGUGAAAGGGGCACCCUGUUGCAACAGUUAAUAAAGAUCAGGCUUACUAGCUGCUUUGCUUCUCAAUAUUCUCUGGUUGGUCUCUGUUAUUUUCUCCUACCAAUAGAGAACCUACAAAAGGACUCUAUAUGGGCUCUUGGGUACCCCCUAAGGGGAAAGGAGCAGUUUUAUUACUUAUAACAGCUAUGAUAGCAAUUUAAACAGUCAUGGCUUUCCCUAAAGAAUUUUGAGAGCUGUAGUUUGCUACAGGUGCUGAGAGUCAUUAGGAGGCCGCUAUUCCUCUCACAGAGCUACAGUUCUCAGAGUUCCCUGGGAAGAAGGAUUGAUUGUUUAUACCACUCUGAGAUUGUAACUCUCGGAGGGCAAUUAAGGCUCUCCUAACAACUCACAGCACAUGUAAAAAAACUAGAGCUCCCAUAAUUAUUUGGGGGAAGACAUGACUGUUUAAUGUAAUAAUAAUAAACAUAAUAAAAACAAGGAAAAAACCAAAGCAAACCUAUAAGCCCCACUCCCACAAGCAUAUUUAAAGGGACAUAGAAUGUUAAUCCACCAAGGCCCCUUAAGAUUAAUCUACUGUAACAGCGGAGUCAAGAUCCUGGUGAAUGCAAGCAAUUUUAUCCUCAAAAUGCCUUGCAAACAAGUCACAGCAAGCUGCCAUUGGUUCUGCCACCUCCUUCAGGUCAGACUGUAGCAGGCUCCAUACUACCUGGAAAAGCUCUGCUGGACAGCACAAUGAGGAUGCAAAGGAGGCAGCAGAGUAAAGCUUCUUUGCUGUCUUCACUGCCACUAGGUAGGCUCAAUGAUGAGCCCUCACCAGUAUUCAAUUGCAUACAACCAGAGUUUUCCCCCACUUGCGUUCAAGCCGUCUUCCAGCCUGUUUUCUCAUUCUAAGCUCUAGAGUAUAGCAGGGAGCCAGCAUGGAUGUUGAAGUCCCUCAAAACCAGCGUUCUGGGAUUCCUCAAGACAGCCCCUGAGACCAUCUCUGUCAGCUCAGGCAGGAGAGUGCUGGGCAGCAGGUAGGUGGGUGAUUGACUGGUGAGUGCCUAUUUUGUCAGGGAGAUAAAAGAGCCAGGUAUUGCUGAAGAAUGUUAAAUUGGGGGGUUUCUCUACCCUUCCUCAAAGUGAACAUCCCUGUAGAACACCCAUUGGUGUGUGGGCCUGUUAUAGAAAAAAAUAGGGUUGGGUUUUGCUGCCCAACUCCCCAAGGAACUGGGUCCCCCAAGUCCGUGAUCCGUUAAAGAUGAAUGGAUGGAGGAGACAAGAUCCAUAGAAAGCAAGGCAGAUCUUUAUUUUCUGUUGCAACAGUUUCCUACCCUCCUUCCAUGGAGGUAGGAAAGACUCAGAACAAUGCUGCGCAAGACCCUAUAAAGACUUUUGAAAUUGCCCACCCUGUAGCCCAAGACCACCCCCCAAAACAUCAUACAUGCAUCACAGAAGGUGACGGUCUCCAGCAGAAAUUUGAGAGAGAGUGUUGCCUCUCUCCUGACUGUCAGGAUGCUUGAUAACGCCUUACUUGAUGGCAUUUUCUGGGUAGCCUGGUCAUUCCUUUGAAAUGGUAAAUGCUUUAGUUCUGUCCUUUUUUUCUAAAUAAAUGAUAUGGGGUACUCUCAUUUUGACUCAGGAAAAUCACCAUUUUAUAGUUCAAUUCAGGGAAAAUAAAUACAGUAAAUAGACAAAAGUACAAAGAACAUACAUUACCUUAUAUUACACAACAUCUUUUGUUUUUACAGACUCCUCAUUAACUUUACACUUCUUUGCUCGCUGUGAUGAUGAAAAAUAGUAAUUUUCCUACUCAUAUUGAAAUACUGCCCCUUAGUUUUAAAAUUUUUAUUUUUUUCUCCCAUUAGAUUCAUGCAUACUCCUUCGUCCCCCCAGAAAGAAGCACUGGGUACAUUUAAACAAGGCUUAUCAACUCCCCAGAUGUUCAGUGUCCAGAGCUUCAGUGUCUGGCACCCAGAAACUCAGGUGAGUCUGGCACCCACAAACUCAUAACAUUUCACUUCCUUGCAGCCUAAGGAGGCCUAAAGGUGAAGUCAUAAUACUGGACAGAUUACUACAGGGUGUUGAGAGGGGUUAUUUUUAACUAUUAAGUGAGAAACAGCAGGCGUAAUCUAGGCCAGAAGUGUUUUCCCUUGGUGACCCCACCAUGUUGAAAAGUGUGUAUGUGUGGUGUUUCCUGUCCUUUCCAGAAAUGCACCGUGCUGGAUGGAGCCAGCUCUAGAUCUUUUCUCAAUAAAUGAAGUAAGACUGCUUAACCUACUGAAAGAUAUAUUUGAAAAAUAAAUAUUAUGGGGAACAAUGCCCAUUGUUAAGCAAGGUAGCUAAAGUAACGGUGUCAUGUCCUCCAUUGUGACACGUCCCUCUGCUGAGUGACUUUGGGAUGAGGACUUUGGGAAGAGCAACUAUUUGAGGAUAGUUCAGGCGAGAAGAGGUAGUUUGUGAGUAAGCAAAAAUGUUUUCUAACACAAAGAAGAGACACUCUUCAUCUAAAGUGUAAGUAGGAUUCCUAAUUCUUUCUGCAUUCUGCUUCUUUUGCUAUCCCUCAAGAUUUAGAAACAUAGGGAACCUUGUCAUGGUUAGAUUAAUUUUUAAAGAUUGUCCUCAGGGCCACCUUAGAUGCUUUGAGGGAAAUGGCUUACCUUCUCCUUUGUGGGCAUCAUCACAAGAAGGGCAUCUCCCAGUUUUGGAGGGUCUUUGACAUUGCCACCCCACCCCCGUGAGACGCUCGCCCCACCCCCAGGUGCAAAGCAGCUAGCUCCGCCUCUGGCCAGUCCCACCAGCUAAAAAAGGAACAGGAAAAACAGUGAUGAUAGGAACAGUCUGUCCUAAUGGGAGAACAACUAGCAAAAGAAAGCAAUUUACAUAAACAAUUACCUUAAAUAUGCACCUUAAAUAUGGCACUUUCACUCAUGACUAAAAUCAGAUUAGCAAUAUGUUUAUGGAGUUUUAUAAAUAUGUUUAUAGAGUUUUAUAUAACCAAAAUAACCCUAUACCUAAAAUAAUAAUAAUAAUAAUAAUAAUAAUAGUGAAAAGAUGUGGUAUCAAACCUUUAACAAAGAAAGCACAAGAAAAGAUAACAUUCUGCAGAAGAAUUGAUCAAGCUCUUAACAAACUGAAGUACUGUAUAAUAAGAGCCAUUGACCCGAUGGGCUUGGCAACUCAUUUUACGCCUAGGGGUGCCCAAAGAGGGCCAGAUUUGAUGGAGUAAACAUGUGUGAGGGCCGACCAGUUGCAGUUUUGCAGUUGUUGAGCUUUUUUAUGAUUUUACCCCCAAGUUGUUGAGCAUUUUUAGAAUUGAGGUUGUUGAGCUUUUAGGAUUUUACCCCAGGAGAUAGACUGCCACAGGGGCAGGAUUAAACCAGAAGACUGUUUGUUGAAUGUGAUUCACAGUGCCUCACCAAGCCAUUCUUCUUGGCUUUAUGUUCCUUAGGCGCUCCUGUAUACCCCUGUAUAUCCCCAUCGUUCUGUCCAGACACUGAGGUCCAGCUCUGAGGGCCUUCUGGCGGUUCCCUCACUGCGAGAAGCAAAGUUACAGGGAACAGACAGAGGGCUUUCUCGGUAGUGGCACCCCCCCUGUAGAACGCCCUCCCACCAAAUGUCAAAGAGAACAACAACUAUCAGACUUUUAGAAGACAUUUGAAGGCAGCCCUGUUUAGGGAAGUUUUUAAUAUCUGAUGAAUUAUUGUAUUUUAAUGUUUUGUUGGAAGCCACCCAGAGUGGGCGCCCAGUUAGUUGGGCGGGG